GAAUCUGAAGGAUGUCCUCGCUGAAAUCAUCCCCAAGGAGCAGUCAAGGAUUCGAGCUUUCAAGAAACAGCACGGCCAGACGGUUAUCGGGCAGAUUAACGUCGACAUGGUGUACGGUGGCAUGCGAGGAAUGAAGGGCUUGGUGUAUGAAACAUCCGUGUUGGACCCCGAGGAGGGUAUCCGUUUCCGUGGCUACAGCAUCCCAGAGUGCCAGAAGCUUUUACCGAAGGCACCCGGGGGAGAGGAGCCCCUUCCUGAAGGUCUGUUCUGGCUGCUGGUCACGGGAGAAAUCCCCACACAGGAGCAGGUUAACUGGGUGUCGAAGGAGUGGGCAAAGCGAGCGGCGCUGCCCUCGCACGUGGUCACCAUGCUGGACAACUUCCCGAACAACCUGCACCCCAUGUCCCAGCUCAGCGCCGCCGUCACGGCUCUCAACAGUGAGAGCGGCUUCGCCCGGGCCUACUCCGAGGGAGUCAGCAAGGCCAAGUACUGGGAGUUUAUCUACGAGGAUUCGAUGGAUCUGAUCGCUAAGCUCCCCUGCGUGGCGUCAAAGAUUUACCGGAACUUGUACAGGGAGGGGAGCAGCAUUGGUGCCAUUGACCCUGAGCUGGACUGGUCUCACAACUUCACCAACAUGCUGGGUUACUCUGACCCUAAGUUCACAGAGCUCAUGAGACUUUACCUCACUAUCCACAGCGAUCACGAGGGCGGUAACGUCAGCGCCCACACCAGCCACUUGGUGGGCAGCGCUCUCUCUGACCCCUACCUGUGCUUCGGAGCAGCGAUGAAUGGGUUAGCGGGACCCCUGCAUGGUCUCGCCAAUCAGGUGUUAGCUGUCUCUUGCGUUUACAUCUGUUUCCUCUCUUUCCCCCCCCCCCGCAUCCCACACUCGCUGCAGGUUGUUCCCGGUUAUGGCCACGCUGUCCUCCGCAAGACUGAUCCCCGCUAUACCUGCCAAAGGGAAUUUGCCCUCAAGCACCUGCCAAGCGACCCCAUGUUCAAGUUGGUCGCUCAACUCUACAAGAUCGUCCCCGGGGUGCUGCUGGACCAGGGCAAAGCCAAGAACCCCUGGCCGAACGUGGACGCACACAGUGGGGUCCUGCUGCAGUAUUACGGGAUGAAGGAGAUGAAUUACUACACCGUUCUAUUUGGUGUUUCCCGGGCUCUGGGAGUCCUUGCCCAGCUGAUCUGGAGCAGGGCCCUGGGCUUCCCCUUGGAGCGGCCCAAGUCGAUGAGUACAGACGGCCUAAUACAGCUGGUGGACGCUAAAUCGGGCUAAAGAGCGCAGCCCCUCUCUCCCCCCGCCACAGUGAGAGGGAGGGAGGGAGGAGAGCCCAUGAAACAGCAUUCACGCUAGACCCCGGUGCGCGCACACCAUCAUCUACGCUCCCUUCCUGCGUUGGCGAGCAGGGUUACCUGAUGGAUGAGAUGUAAUUUUUAUUGUCCUUGUGACUGGUUUAUUUUGCCUCUUGGGUUUCCAGUGUGGUGGGGGUGGGGGGGGCGGGGGGAGAGAGAGAAAGAGGAUUAAUGUUUGUAAGCAGAGUGCAGAGGAUUUAAUUUAAUUAUCGGCGCGGUUUGUGCAUUUGUUUAUUUUAGUUGUGUGUUUUUGUUUUUUUGUUUAGUGCGGGCUGCUUGUCUUGCAGUGCCAGGCAGACAGCAGUAACCGAUCGAAUACACUCCUAUAGUGGGGGGGGGGGGGGGGCACAGCGACAGUCCCCACCCUCACCCAGGGAAUAUUGACCAGCCCCAUCCACUCUGGAUCUGUGGUCUUGCUGUGUCCAGGAAGCAUUCUGAUCAUGUCUCAUCCCUCAGGAUACCCAGAAUCGGUGAGAAAAGAGAGAGAGAGAGACAAAGAAAGUAAAUGUUUUUAUUACUG